GGGAGCCGUGAGGUGGCGGAGGAAGAGGACGGAGAGGAUGCGGUCUCGCGAGAAGUCGCCAUAGAGACGGCGGCGCUUGGCGCGGGGGGAGCGGGCGCCGCCGCCGCUGAGGGAGCGGGAGCGGGAGGCGGGAUCGUCCUGGGAUCCAUCGGGAGCGAGAUCCGCCGGGAGCGGGGUCAUCCUGGGAUCCUCCGGGAGCGGGAUCGUGCCGGGCUCCGCCGGGAGCGGGCUCCGGCCGCCGCUCUGCGCGCUGCCCCCGCUGCCCGCGCAGGCUUGAUCUUAAAGGUCUUUUCCAACCUUAAUUAUUCAAGCAUUCAUUGUUCAAAGCAUCAUUUUUUCUUCAAGUUGUCCAUAUUCAGUUGGAUAAUGUGAAAACAGAAUUCUCUUUAAACUCAGUUAUAACACAUGGUUUUAAUGCUCCAUCUGAACAACUGAGAUGAGACUGAAGACUUCCCUUUUAAAGGAGCCAAAACAUCAGGACGUGGUGAGCUGUGUGGGGUGGACAGCAGCUGACGAGCUCUACUCGUGCAGCGAUGACCACCAGCUCCUGAGGUGGAACCCUGUCACCAGCGAGGCCACGCGCGUGGUGAAGCUCCCAGAGGAGCUUUAUCCCCUGGAUCUGCACUGCUUUCCCCGAGGGACUGGUGCCAAGAGGCAAGCCCGGGCUGAGAGCUUUGUCCUCACCAGUUCUGAUGGGAAAUUCCACCUGAUUUCCAAGCUAGGAAGGGUGGAGAAAAGUGUAGAAGCACAUUCUGGAGCUGUCCUUGCAGGAAGGUGGAAUUAUGAAGGAACAGCCCUGGUUACAGCUGGGGAAGAUGGCCAAGUGAAAAUCUGGUCCAAAAGUGGAAUGCUGAGAUCCACUUUGGCUCAGCAAGGAACUCCAGUGUACUCCGUGUCCUGGGCACCCGACUCUGACAAGGUCCUGUACACCUCAGGGAAGCAGCUGAUCAUCAAACCCCUCCAGCCAAAUGCCAAAGGCCUGCAGUGGAAAGCCCACGAUGGCCUGAUUUUAAAAACUGACUGGAAUUCAGUGAAUGAUCUGAUUCUUUCUGCAGGGGAGGAUUGCAGAUACAAGGUUUGGGACAGUUUUGGCCGUGUCCUGUACAAUUCCCAGCCCCACGAGUAUCCCCUCACCUCCAUUGCCUGGGCCCUGGAUGGAGAAUUAUUUGCUGUGGGAUCUUUCAACACUUUACGGCUCUGUGAUAAAACUGGGUGGUCCUAUGCCCUGGAGAAGCCCAGCACUGGCAGCAUCUUUGCCAUUUCGUGGUCCAUGGAUGGCACCCAGCUGGCCGGGGCCUGUGGGAACGGCCACGUCAUCUUUGCCCACGUGGUGGAGCAGCACUGGAAGUGGAAAAACCUGGAAAUCACCUUAAUUAAGAGAAGAACCAUGAAGGUGCACAACGUCACCAACGACGCCGUGGACGUGCUGGAAUUCCGGGACAGGGUCAUCAAAGCCUCCCUGAGCCAGGGGCAUUUGGUGGUUGCCACUUCCCUGCAGUGUUAUGUGUUUUCGACAAAGAAUUGGAACACUCCAUUGAUCUUUGACCUGAAGGAGGGAACUGUGAGUUUGAUCCUCCAAGCAGAAAGGCAUUUUCUUCUUGUGGAUGGUGGAGGACUUUAUUUGUAUUCCUAUGAAGGCAGAUUAAUUUCCUCUCCAAAAUAUCCUGGCCUGAGAACAGAUGUCUUAAAUGCCAGGACAGUGUCCCUGAGCAAUGACACCCUGGCAGUGAAGGACAAAGCUGAUGAGAAGGUUAUCUACAUAUUUGAAGCUUUAUCUGGGAAGCCUCUGGGUGAUGGAAAACCUCUGACCCACACGACAGAGAUUGUGGAGAUUGCUUUGGACCAGAAAGGACUGACAAGUGAGAGAAAAAUUGCUUUUAUUGAUAAGAACAGAGAUCUUUUCAUCACCUCCGUGAAGAGGUUUGGGAAGGAGCAGAAAAUUGUCAAAAUAGGGAGCAUGGUGCAAAGCUUGGCCUGGAAUGACAGCUGCAACAUCCUGUGUGGGAUUCAGGAUUCCAGGUUCACGGUCUGGUAUUAUCCCAACACAGUCUACGUGGACAAAGAUCUGCUCCCAAAAACCCUCUAUGAAAAAGAUGCCACCGAGUUCAGCAGGAGCGCACAGGUCGUGAGCUUCGAGGGCAGCCGGAUGACGCUGAGGAGGGCGGACGGGUCCCUGGUGCACCUGCAGCUGCCUCCCUACGCCGCCAUCCUGCACCUGCACGCCGGCACCGCGCGCUGGGACCGCGGCCUGCGCCUCUGCCGCUUCCUCAAGGAUCAGACCCUUUGGGCUUGCUUGGCUGCCAUGGCAGUGGCCAACAAGGACAUGGCCACGGCUGAAAUCGCCUAUGCAGCAAUCGGCGAGAUUGACAAAGUCCAGUACAUCAAUUCCAUCAAGGAUCUGCCAUCCAAGGAAUCCAGGCUGGCUCACAUGCUGCUCUUCAGUGGGAACAGCCAGGAGGCUGAAACCCUCCUGCUUCAGGCAGGCCUGGUUUACCAAGCUAUCCAAGUCAACAUUAACCUUUACAACUGGGAAAGAGCCCUGGACCUGGCAGUGAAGCACAGGACACACGUGGACACGGUCCUGGCUUACAGACAGAAAUUCUUGGAAGAUUUUGGGAAAAAAGAAACCAACCAAAGGUUUUUGCAAUAUGCAGAAGGUCUGGAAGUGGAUUGGAAUAAAAUCAAAGCCAAGAUAGAGAUGGAAAUUGCCAAAGAAAGAGAACGAGCAGCAGCCAGUCCUGCAGUGAGGACCAGUGUGACCGUGCAGCAAUAAUUCACUUUUUGGGCAUCUUCAAAGUGCUGCUGGCUUGUGGUAAAAAACAAAAAACACACAGCAAACAUUUUGUGGGCCACAGGAGAGAGAAUUUCAGUAGGUUUGAAUCCUUGGAUGAAUUAUUUCCUUUCAUUUAGAGCUGGAUUUAUAUUCUGGUGCCAGUGAUGGCUACAUAUAUGAGAAAAAAAGAGAAUUAACUCUUAGUUCCUCUCUUAGUGAUUUUUAAACUUCAUUGCCAUUAAUAUUCUUUAACCGGGGUUGCCCCUACUGAAGUCACAAUUUAAGCCCCAAGUUAAGCAGUUUGGUUAUUUCUGCAACCUCAGGGACCUCUCCAGACUCAUUUAAACUGCCCUAAAAACAAAUUCAGCAAACUGGAAGUGCUGAAAAUGCAACCCAAAAUGGAGCUUGAGCCUCUCAAGUACAAAUAUUUCCCUCCCAGUUGUGGGAAUACAGAUUUAUUAGGAUGUACCAGUGUCUUCUUCAACAGAUGAUUUCAGAUAAUUCAGCAACUCAGGUUUGUCACUGAGCAAAACAUUCAGCAGUAAAAGGAUUUUUUUAAUACUUUGGAAUGUGCUUUCAGCGUUGUUGGAAGUAACAAACAGCAUUUGUAGCAUCUGACGUGUAAAAUUGACAAGAAUAUUUAAAAUAAGAGAAUAUUUUGUGUAUUUUUUCUACCCAAGGCACUUGAUUUGUAAAUAUUUUUUUAAUAUGUUAUUUCAUGAAGAUACACUUCUCUGUUUCACACCCCAAACUGGCUGCAUUCUCUUCGUGUUAUAAAUAUAUUAUAAAUAUAUUAUAAAUAUAUUAUAAAUAUAUUAUAAAUAUAUUACCAGCUUAUUCAUCAUUAACAAGGUUUAUUAUGUAUCUUUCAAAUGUUGCCAGCAAAAUGUUAAAUAUCUGUACAUACAGCAAAUUUGUAAAUCAUUGUGUGACCCUUUUUUGCACAGUUCAUAAAUUUCUGAAGAAAACCAAAUAAAAGUGGAGAUUUUUAAUGGA